UUGAAAAAUAAUUUUGUCAUUCAAUUUGUGUUUUGAUUAAACGAUUCAAUUGUUUUGUAAACCAAUUAAUGAGUGAUUGAAUUGAAAGCAUUUAUUAUAUCAAUAGUUUGUAUCGUUUUCUGUGAUAAUGAAAAAAUGCGGUCAAAGAAAAAGUGUCCACAAAAUAGAGACAAACAAUGGAUUCAUUUAAUUGACGCCAAGAGUUAUGUUUCAAAGUAAAGAGCAUUUGAUCCGUACAUCUGAUCCGUCGCUCUGGGGGUUCGCCGGACUCGACCUCAACGCUGACGAUCACAACCGCAAACUUGUCGUCCGUAUUUGGAAAGUAUUGAAUUCAAGACUAUUCAAUGGUCUGAUCGUUGUAUUGGUUUUGUUGGACACGUUUGUCAUCGUAUCGCAAGUGCUGAUCGAUUCCCAUUGGAUCCAAGACCCAAAUUGGCGACCAUUGAGUGACUGCACAAAUAAUACCAAUACAACCGAUGGUAACACCACUUCAUCCAUACAAUUGAGCCCAACUCUCAUCACAACCAGACAUUUCUUAACGUAUAUCUCAUUAACAAUUAUAUCGUUUUUCUUCAUUGAAGUUUUGUUUCGCAUAUAUAGCGGAAAAAGCAAACUCUUUGUACAACCGUUUGACUUAUUGGACGCAAUACUCGUUAACAUAGUAUUUGUUUUAAGUCUUGUCUUCUAUUUGCAUGACUUUCGUGACAAAAGUGGUGGAAAAGAGGCAACACUUUUGAUAAUAGUGUUGCGUUUGUGGCGAGUCUUUCAGAUAAUUAAGUCAGUGAUCGACGAAUCGCAGCAAAAGAUGAUCCAAACGCUGAAUGUAUGCGAGAAAGAGAGGACUCAUUGCGAGCAUAAGAUCGAUAUAUUGAUACUACGGGUGGAAGAUCUGGAACACGAGGUCGCGUACCUCAAGGAGAAGCUCAAGAAGACCGAGAAAGACAACUCCGCUUACAUUCAGCAACUCAUUGACGCGAAGCCCAAGAAGUUGAACGCAAAGCGAACCCAAUCGUCGCAGUCGUACUGUCCCUGUCGUAAAGACAGCUUCAAAAACACACCCAAACCCCAGACAACCCAAACCACUGUCAAACAGAAGAGCUGCUGCUCUCAAGUCAACUAUACAUUAGUUAACAUUGAAUCUCAGCCAUUGGUCUCCAAACAAUCAUCCAUUUGUAACGGAACAGACAUAUAUACAGGCCUUCAUCACAACCACAUCACCGAUCAGUCAAUUCAUUAUCAACCAAAUGAGUCCAAAAAGACAGCAACUUUUGAGUCGAGUUGUGCCGCACAUCAACUCAAUAAUGACGACCCGGAGGUCGACCACAUCAAGAAAGUCGACUUCAAUAUUAAUGAUCGGGUAAUCAUCUCUUUGACAUUCCUCUAAGUUCUCUAUAAUUAUUAUCAAAAUUGAAAGUAACACCAAAAAUAUACUGUAUAUUAAAUAUAUAUUAUUUUUAAAACUUAAAUAAUUACAAAACAAAUAUAUGAUAAUCUAAUGUCAAAUCUAUGCCAAAGUAUUAGCGACUGCACUGCUAUUGUGUUUAUGUUUUUAAAGUCUAGUCUUUUAUAAAAACAAACUAAAAGUAAUUUAAAAGAUCUGUUUUCUCGAGGAAAAUGAUAAGAAAAGACACACAAAUCGCUUAAUUGUGAUCCAAAAACAUAUAAGUUAUCAUAUAUUUUGAUUUAAUAAUUAAAUGUAUUGAUUAUUACGAGUGAAAACACAAAUUUUAUGUUAACGUAAGUUACAUAACAUAUACACCCACUUUCAGUC